AUGAUAAUCGACUCAGGUUUCACAGCUAAGUCUGGUCAGGGUACACCAAUGUACUCUAGAAGAGGCAAAUCAACUAUCAACCAUUAUCUUUGCUUCACUAAAAAUCCUGAGGAAAUAUAAAACCAGAGGCAUUUACUGGUAUAAAAAAGAUAGCAGAGAAUAGCAUAAUAGGAACGUGGCACGACUAAAUCAUCUGUGGAAUAGCUAGCUGAUCGCAUUUUGUUUGUAGAGUUAGAACAGAAAAAAGCACUUGACUAAAAAAUGUUUCAAGACAAGAACAAUGACUAGAUUCAAAAGUCUAUUGACAUCAUCAAUUAGUUCACCAAUACCUCUAAUUAAGGCAAAAGAAAUAUACUAAAUGAAAGUGGUAAAUCAGGUAGCGCUUAAUAAACAUACUCAGGAAGUUAUGCAUUCAGGAGUGCAGGAAGAGAUAAGAACUCAUAUUACGAUAAGUUGGCACCCUAGGGUCCUCCAAUCGGUCAUUAUACUCCAUAGCUUUCUCAGAUAAAGCCAGCUUCUCAAAAAUACUCGAUUACUCCAGAGACGAAUGGUGUGGUUGUAAAAAAGCCAAUUUUCAUAUAGAAGCAGUGUAUUAAGAAUAAAGAAUGCACCUUUGAGAAUAGAAUAUAACUUAAAAUGAAAGAUAGCAAAAGCAAAAAGGGAGAGAGCGGAGAUUCAGUUAAUAACUCAAUAUAAAAGGAUAGUUUUGACACCAGAAAUGGAAAAAAUACCGCUAAUAGUUCGAUUGUGGUUGAUAACGAAAAUGAUAGGUUUAAAAGGUAAAAGACUAAUAGACCUUUUACAGCUUAGCAGUCACCACUAAUCAAAUAAAAGACCAAAUUGAUUGGUAUGGUUAAUGAUUAUAAUGACUUUUAAGAUGCCUCUUUUGACAAUAGACACCCACCAAUGCUUAGAAAAAAUACUAAAAGCAAUAUAAUUAGACAAAGUGAAAUGGAAAAUGAGCUUACUGAUGAGAAUAAUUACUCUUAAUAGAUGGCAUUGAAUAAACGUGGCAAAUCAGUCCAAGACAAAAGAACUAGGAGCAGGUUAAUGUCAGCUAAGAGUAACUCAGCCGUGGAAGAUUAUUCUAUGAUAAACCGAUAUAUGCUCUAAGAUGUUAGACCAAGUGCUAUUUAGUUUGAUAAGUAAGUUUCUAGAGAUGAGAUAAAGCAUAGCUUAGCAAUGAGACGUUGCCCCUCUAAGGAAAGUCCUCAUUUCAAGAGAUUUGAAAGUGUGAAUGAUGCCUCAACUGUGAUAUCUAGCACUAAGAAAGUAGUUUCCACUGAUUGGAGAAGGGAAUCACCAAAGAAAACUUUGCUAAAUCAGCUUAAAAAUCAAUUUUACAAUUGUGGCGAUUACACACCUAACUUCAAUAGAGUGGAAUCAAAGCUUGAUGUCGGUCAUGUUUCAUUCCAUAAUUAAAUGGGUAGAGAUGAGAUCUACCACUACAGGAAAAGACAUGCCAAUAAAUCACAAUUGCCUUCAUAUAUGACAGAUACUCUUAAAAACUUUAAUAAACUAGGGCACAUCCAACAAUCAAACUUGGUUGAUUUCCAAAGAGUUAAGCCUAGGGAUCACAAGAUGUAUUUCAUUUCGGAGUCCUAUAACCUGAACGAUCUAGAGAAGCAUGUGAGAAUAAAUCAAUCUAAGUUCCAUGUUUUCAACCAUUCAGUUGUUGAUAUUAAUUCCAACUUAUCAUCUCCUCUCAAAAGCAUCCUUGGAUCUCCAGAGAGAAAUAGAAGCUAAAAUAAUUCUAGAUUAAAGCAACGAGGAGGCAAAGGUCAAAAAGAUUUAGAUGGAAUGUCCUUUGAUGACAACACCUUUGAUCAUUUAACAUAGAAUGUAAGAACACCGCAUAGUCUCGAUGUAGACAAGCUAAUAAUGAAGGAUCAAGAGGGCUUGAAAAUUAGAUUACAUUAAAAUGAAGAGGGCAGUGGAGGAGUCAAUGCUAAAAUGGACUUAAGUAAGCUGAAGGAGAAAAACUUAGUAAGUUUUGACAGAUGA